ACUCGGGAGAGGGGGGAGGCUGGAGAAGGGUGGGUGGUCCGGGAGGGCGUCGUGGAAGAGGUGCCUCUUGAGCUGAACUGGAAGAUUUCAUGGGGGUGAGCCUGAGUGCGUGUAAGGGAGUGGACUGGUCCUGGCAAAGGGAACCCUUGGACGGAGGCCUGGAGGCUAUACCUGCCCGACGGCUCACGGCCACAGGGCUCCCGCCCGCCUUGGCUGUAUUGACCGCAGGCCGACCUGCCGGCUCACUUUCAGGAGAAUCAAGCACCACCCGGCUUCUUCUCUGCGGCAAGCCCAGAGCUGAAGCGUUGCAGCAUGGCGCGCGGCUGCCUCCAGGGCGUCAAGUUCCUCAUGUUCGCCUUCAACCUGCUCUUCUGGCUGGGGGGCUGCGGCAUCCUCGGGGUUGGCAUCUGGCUGGCUGCCACGCAGGGGAACUUUGCUACCCUGUCCUCCUCCUUCCCGUCCCUGUCGGCUGCCAACCUGCUCAUCGUGACCGGCACCUUCGUCAUGGCCAUCGGCUUCGUGGGCUGCAUCGGGGCCAUCAAGGAGAACAAGUGUCUGCUGCUCACCUUCUUUGUGCUGCUGCUGCUGGUGUUCCUGCUGGAGGCCACCAUCACCAUCCUCUUCUUCGCCUACACUGACAAGAUCGACAGGUACGCCCAGCGAGACCUUAAGAAGGGUCUGCACCUGUAUGGCACCCCAGGAAACGUGGGCCUCACUAAUGCCUGGAGCAUCAUCCAGACCGAUUUCCGCUGCUGUGGGGUCUCCAACUACACCGACUGGUUCGAGGUCUAUAAUGCCACCCGUGUGCCCGACUCCUGCUGCCUGGAGUUCAGUGACAGCUGUGGACUCCACGCACCUGGCACCUGGUGGAAGGCGCCGUGUUACGAGACCGUGAAGAUGUGGCUCCAGGAGAACCUCCUGGCUGUGGGGAUCUUCGGGCUGUGCACGGCACUGGUACAGAUCCUGGGUCUGACCUUCGCCAUGACCAUGUACUGCCAGGUGGUGAAGGCUGAUACCUACUGUGCGUAGGCUCCGCUCCUGCCACCCCCGCCCCCCACCUCGCUGCCGAAGGAUGUAGCCCACCCGCCUCUCCCUGCUGCAGGACUCCGCACCAUCCUGGGCACAGGGAAGGGGACCCUCAGCUAGCCCCGUGAGCACCACGCUGCAGCAGGGCAGCAGGCGCGGGGCUGGGGGUGGGAGGGGCUUCUGGCGCUUCUCGAAUCCGUGUGUCCUGCAGAGCAGCGUUUUCUCCCAGGGCUGGGGCCAUUCGUGGGUGGGGGGGGGGGGGGUGAAGGGCCGCCCGCUGGUCCUGGUGCUAGUGGCGGACAGCCCCGCCAACCACAUUCCACAGCGGAGCCAGGGCAGGCUCUGGGAUGUCUUAAUAAAGCGCGUGGACAGCA